ACCUUGAUUUAUGGGCCUGCAACUAAACUUGAAAGUCUGCAUUGGCCCGUUCUGCUUAUGAUGGGCCCAAAUGCAGCGAAAUCUCUGCAUAUUUAGCGCCAGCAGUUGUUGAGGAGUCUUGAACCUACAAUGGGAUUUGCGUCCUGUAGCUCCAGGAAUAGUGCUCAAGGAAUGUGUACGGGCAGAUUACGACUCUGAUCAGCGGUGUUCUGAGAGACGAGACUGGGAGAGGCCGGUUCGAAGCAAGGCCGGCGGAGUAGAGGUGUCAUUUUCGUUUGAAGCAACGUGUUGCUUGCAUUAUAUUGGACUGAAAUUUAAUUCCGUUCGAUUAAAACGGUGGUUUAAGACAGUACGCUUGGAGACAGGUGAAACGCCGAGCAUUCUUCAAUGUACUGGUGACAGUCAUUUUUAAGUUGCUAAUAUUACUCGGAUAGCUUAGGUGGAAUAGCUGGCUAGUUGGCUUACAAGCUAGCUAAUGUUGUUUUAGGAGCUAACGGUAACUCCUAGCUUUAUCCAGAUUUAAUGCAACCAAAAUGGAAACGGUAUGGAAUGGGUUGUGAUCUCAUGGCCCCGAAUUUAGCUGUCAAGAUGAACUUUAACUUAUAACAAUAUUUUCCAAGUUUUGGAUCUGUCCUUAUUUUGGGGCUUGAUGAUCUCAAAGUAUACGUUUGGAGUUUGUGUAAAGGUAGCCAGCUAACCAUACCUAGCUUGCUAGCUAACAAACAAGGUUCGUUAGAGAGAGUAUGGAUGGGCGUAGCGGCUUCAGUUUUACUUGCUAGCUAGCUAUCUAAGGCAAAUAGCUAGCAGAACGCGGGCGUUGCUCAGUUUUUCGAAGGCACGUUGCAAAGAUUUUUGUCUUAUGUUCAACUUUUUGAAAAAUCUCGGUGGUAUACUUGCUUUUGCGACUGCUGUCCACACAGCUACAGCCCGUGUUGGGAUUUGUAUAGUGUAAGGUUAACGUUAGCCGUUUGAUUUAUGUAGCUUGUGAACAAACACCUAUUAGGUUGGGUCAGGCACAUAGCUACACCCCAAUGAAGGAGUACAAAGUGGUUGUGCUGGGCAGUGGUGGCGUCGGUAAGUCCGCGCUUACCGUCCAGUUUGUCACCGGCACAUUCAUUGAGAAAUAUGACCCGACUAUAGAGGAUUUCUAUCGGAAAGAGAUUGAAGUGGAUUCGUCCCCGUCAGUGUUGGAGAUUCUGGACACAGCAGGAACCGAGCAGUUCGCAUCGAUGAGAGACCUGUAUAUAAAAAACGGCCAGGGCUUCAUCCUAGUUUACAGUUUGGUCAACCAACAGUCAUUUCAGGACAUCAGACCCAUGAGGGAUCAGAUUGUGAGGGUGAAGCGCUUUGAAAAAGUCCCGCUCAUCCUUGUGGGCAAUAAAGUGGAUCUGGAGUCGGAGCGAGAGGUGGCGGGCUCUGAUGGCCGUGCCCUGGCUCAGGAGUGGGGCUGCCCCUUCAUUGAGACAUCAGCCAAGAGCAAGACCAUGGUGGAUGAGCUGUUUGCGGAAAUUGUGAGGCAAAUGAACUACGCCACACUGCCAGAGAAACAAGAGCAGUGUUGCACAGCUUGUGUGGUGCAGUGAAGACACUGUUCUCUACAACCAUACUACCCCCUUCACCCCAGACACAUUACCUGGCAGGAUGCCCUUUGAACCAGUCUGCUUCAAUGACGUCAGACCCCGUCAGUCACACCAGCGACACCACACCUGCACACUUCUGAUGCUGGUUGGCUGCUGAGGCCAGUUUUGCCCCACUGAAGGCAAUAAAGGGGGCUUGAACUUCUCCAACCCCUUGAUAGCCUGACUGUCGAGCACACUCACCUACAAAUGCACUGGCCUUUUGGGUGAUAUAGGAAAGACAUAAUAUAACACAUAGCAAAGACAGACUAUAGUGGAUAGGUGACAUGACAGGGCUAUUGAUUUUUAGUAUUUUUCAAAGGGCGUUGGGCUAAUGAGCUGUUUGUGCUCAUGGCUAAAGCACCCUGUAGGUGCUCAGCCAUAUAUAAAUAUAUACCCUGUGUUUAAAUAUUUUAAAUUUGGUAUAUAAUUUUAAGUGACAACAGUCCGCAGGUUUGAGACCUGUGCUAUCUGUAUUUUUUUACAAUGUAUGCUUUUUCUCCCUCUUCUUCCUUAUUAAUCUAUUUAUUAAAAUCUUUAAUUAUUGUGGUAGCUACUUAUUGCCUUUUAUUUUGUAUUGGUGGUUGUUUUGCUUAUGUGACCGCAGUAUGCUUUGUUUCUGAAGUGGAGCAUUAACGACGCCUUAAAUGAUUUCAGUCUUCAA